AUGCCUGAUAUUCGUGCUCCUACUCUCCUCGAAUCCAUCGCUUUGGGAGGCGCCUCUUGCGUCUUCACCGUCAACUUUACUCAUCCAAUUGAAACUGUCAAGACUCGCAUGCAAGUCACAGGAGAUGGCUUGGGAGUGGUCGUUCGCAAUACCCUCAAGAAUGAAGGUGUUGGUAGCUUCUGGAAGGGAAUCGUCUGGGCCUGGGGACGUGAAGGAUCUUAUGCAUCUAUCAAGCUUGGAGGCUAUGCUCCAGUUCGUGAUGCUUUGGGUGCCAGUGGAGCAGAUGCUCCCUUCUACUUGAAGUUUGCAGCCGGAGCUUUGACAGGAGGAGUUGGAUCCGUUGUGGGAAACCCCUUUGAUGUCCUAAAGACUCUCGCACAAGCCAAUCAAGGAAAGUCGGUUGGAUUGACCACCUUGGUCUCUAAUAUGUAUACCGAACAAGGCAUUGCUGGAUUUUACCGUGGUGUCAGUGCUAACAUCGCGAGGGCCUGCGUUUUGAACGCAACCAAGAUGGGUGUUUAUGAUGUCAGCAAGGGAUAUGUCACAAAUGCCACUGGAUGGAAUCGUAAAGAUGUCAAAACUAGUUUCUGCAGUGCCACAAUUGCUGGAUUCUUCAUGACCCUUACCGUUUCUCCCUUCGAUCGAGUCCGUACGGCCUUGAUGAGUCAACCCCCUGACGCAAAGAUCUACAAUGGAUUUGGUGAUGCUUUUGCUAAGAUUAUUGCUGAGAGUGGACCCGCUAGUUUGUGGAGAGGAUUCAUCCCAAUCUGGGCUCGCUUUGCUCCAACUGCCACCAUUCAGCUCUUGACCAUUGAGGUCUUGUACGACGCAGCUGGUCUCAAGAGUAUCUAA